AUGUCUUCUGCCGUGCCGAUAGCCGAUUGUUCCCAAAUGGAGGCGUUUGCCACGUCGCAAGUGCUCCGACUCUCGCUGUCGCUCAACCUCAUCAUUUCGAUCGUCGCUAUUCCGGUGCUCGGCAAGAGCAUUCAUUUCAUCGCUAGCCGCGACGUGUUCCACAUCAACACACGUCUUCAGAUUCUCGUUCAUCUCCUCGCCCUUCUCAUUCAUUCCGUCGGAAGAGUGGGCCUCCAUUCGAUGGAUCUCUUCAACUACUUGCGCUAUCAUGACAGCGCCUGUGACAUCAUUCCGAACUUUUACAGGUACCGUAUACUCUUGAAAACGUCUCUAAGAUGUCUUCAGAUGCUUCAUCUUCCGCGGCUUCUACAACGCCGGUCUCGCCCUCUCCUCGAUGUGCUCCACAGCUCUUGUGCUCGAACGAAUCGCCGCGUUCCGUUACUCUCAAUCCUACGAACACUGUCAGGCUGGAUUCGGAGUGCUUCUCGCGUUCCUUCAGUUCUUCCUGGCCGCCUGUUACCUCUUCAGCAUGUACUUCCACGCCGCGUUCGUCCCUGGCAACUUCACUCUCUACUACUGUCAGACCAUCGCCUCAUCCUUCGGAUCCAUCUGGUUCGUGAUCGGACCGCUGUAUGCUGUGAUGCUCGCGCAAAUCGUCUCGAGAAUCAUGUUCUACGUGUUGAUGCGAAAGAGCAAAGUGAGUAAGCACCGCCAGAAAAUAUUUUAUGAAUCGAUAUUUCAGAACUUGCGCUCCAAAGUCUCGCUAACUCUAUCGAAUCGAUUCAAUCUGGACCAGAGCCUCCGGUCGCUUCGUGCUCUCAAACUGCUUGUCAACUGCAACUUCAUCGUCUUCAUCAUUCUUUCAAUUGUCACAACUACUCUGCAUUUCAACUCGUACCAACUCACCAAACCGCAUUAUAUGGCUCUUGUCGAAGGUGAGCUUUUUGUUUAGUCACAAAAGUUCAAGAGACCGAGGUUGUCAGAGCAGUAAUUGAGAAGCAGAAGAGAAAAGAGGAAAGUAUUUUCGUCCAGAGCUAGGAUGAAUAGUCUUGAAAGCCGUCUAAUUUCAGCCGUCCACAUCCUUCCGGUGUACGGCAUCGCUGUUUCCAUUGGCGUCUACUCGAAACUGCAAUCGGUAAGUUGGUCCCUAAAACUAGCAAAUUCUUUCAUUUGCUUCUUUUUUCAGCUCACCACAACACAAAGCCGAGCUCUGGUUAAGGCGAUACACACAAAGAGCGACUCGUAUUUCGAUCAACUUCGGAAACAGAUGGAAUGA